AUGUAAAUUAUUAAGAGCAAGACAGUGUAUACAACAAGAUUGUGUGGCAAUCAUCAAACCCAUACAAUAAGAGAUGGCAAUACAAAUUUAAAAAUGCUUACUAUACUUACCCAAGAGACAUUAAUCAAGAGCAUACAUAUGUUAAAACACCAAAAGACAACUGGGAAUCAGUACCACUUGGAUGGGCAUGGAUUUAGGAUUUAUUGCAUAGACAUGUCCCAAAUUUCUCAUGUUUAAUUGAAAGAAGACAUAGAUUAUUUGAUAAAUUCAAUGUUUACUUCUUGCCUGCAUUCAGUCUCUUCUUUUAUCAAUUUUAUCCUUUUAGCCUUUGGAUUCAAAGUUUUAACUGUUUUGCCAUUAGCCAUGUUAUAUGUGAGAGCAAGAGAUAAAUGUGGUGAUCCUGAUUUUAAGGAAACUUACCUUAGAGAUAUGCUCUAUAAGAAUAACGAAAUUAACGCUCUCUUCAAGGAAGAAACUAUUCAUGUCUUGGAUUACGAUUGUGAAUAUGAUCGUGGAUAUCCAUGUCCUGAAAAAUUCCCAGAAUUCAAAAAUAAGUUUUGGUAAUUCUUCAACACUGACACCUCGAUGACUACUGGAUAUUUCAAGAUGGCUGAUGUUGAAACUGGUGCAGUUAUGAAUUUGAAAUUUAAGACAAUGCCUGUUCCAGGAAAAUAUAGAUAUUAAAUUGGAGAGCCAUUUUAUUUCUAUGAUUUGAGAGCUGAGAUAACUCACAAUGGCUAACACAAAGAGGUUGUUUUAGUUGAUGAGAAAGUCGCCUUAUAAAAAGUCAGACCAUUUUUAUUAAUCAUUUGAAAAAUAAUAUAAGAAUCAAUCUAGCAUAUUAAAAUUAUAUUCAAC